GGUGUUGUUCUGAGCGAUGUUCCAAAAAUGAUCUGAACACGAUGAAUCCUGAUUGAGAACCCACUGUGCCAGAAUCACACGGCGCCUCCUGUUUUUGCAUCAUUGCUAUUGGAGUGCAAUUUAACUAUAGCAGUCGUACUGUGUUGUUUUCUUUUCUGCGCUUAGCAUGAGUUGCUAACAAGGAGGAGGGGGGGUGGGGGCAGGCAAUUAGCCAAAACACUUUGGAAGCACAUGGCCUGUGUGUUUACUGGCAGCCGCGUAAAGGGAAGAAAGUGUACCCUAUAAAGCUCAGCCUCACGAGCCCGAGCCUUCCAUGCUAAUACCAUUUGGCAGCAAAGUACAAGGGAUAUUUUCCCCCGCUUUGAUGCGUCCAUUAAGAGAUUCAUCAGCGCAGAGGCGGAGUCAUUUCGAUGCUCCCCGUUUCCGCGCGAUCACAGCACCCUUCUGCAGUCGUUUAGCGGCCUUUCUGUCGCAACGCCAUCGCUGCCAAAACACGUCCGUCCUUUUGCUCUUUUUCAUCUGCAAUAACAUCUGCAAAAGUCAAACAGGACUCGGAGGCGAGAGUUGAAAAAUGUCUUUUUUUUUUUUUUUUUUUUUUUUUACCCCGUAACCUUUGCCUGCGAUCAUUAUCCCGUUUGUUUUCCAGCUCGGAACUGACUGUAAUGGUACGGUGCCUUAAGUGGUCAUCUAAAACACAUACCGAAACGUUCCAAGUAAACAUUUUCAGUUCUGGUGCCAAAUUGGUUCUACCCCGGGGAGGACAUGAAUCAACUGAACUACAUAAAGUAGGAUCGUGCCUACACUGUAUAAAAGUUUGGGGACAGUUUCCUCAUAAUUACUUCAUGGAUUCAAAAUUUGUAGUCACUGAUGGUGUAGUGGUUACACACGCCCGCGUGGGAUCGAUUCCCGCUCAGUGAUGGUGUUGAUAUUUGCCCUGGGACUGACUGGCGACCAGUUCAGUCCGCCUUUCGCCCGAAGCUAGCUGGCAUAUUCUCCAGCUUUCCCGCAACCCUUUUGAGGAUAAGUAGCUUGGAUAAUGACAUGAUUCAAUGGCAACACACCUUGGUUGCAGCCAGCAGAGGAGCCCGGGCGCCCGAUUACCGCACAACCCCGGAUUGAUUCCAGAAGAGCGAUUGGAGGAAUGACUCCGGUUUUUCGAUGGGCCCUGGAAGUGCCUCUUUAGGGGGAAGCGUGACAAGCGCCGACGACCGACUGCUGAGGAAAAAGGUGCUGGAGGCCGCCGGCCCCUCGGCCCGGCGGCCCACCUGGGGCCAGCGGGCGACGGUGAAGAUGCAGGCGGUCCUGGAGGACCGCACCGUGGUGGAGAAGGACCGCAAGCUGGCGUUCGUCAUCGGGGAAAGAGACGUGAGCCAGGCGCUGGAGGAGUGCGUCCUGUCCAUGCACACGGGCGAGAUCACGUUACUGCUGGCCGAUUCCCAGUACGCGUACGGGCUCGUGGGCCGCGAGCCCGACAUCCCCGCCCGGGCCCCUCUGCUUUACCAGCUGCAGCUGCUGGACGUCGGGGACAAACCCGACCCGCUGGCUUUGCCGGUGUCCGAUCGCAUCCGCGUCGGCAACCAGAAGCGGGAGCGGGGCAACUUCCACUUCCAGCGGAAGGAAUACGGCAUGGCCGCCCGGGCCUACCGCAUGGCUCUGGACGUGCUCACCACCUGCGGCGGCGGAGACGCUGAAGGUGGCGGCGCGAAGGAGGAGGAGGAGCAGGAGGUGCACGACUACAGGGUGAAGUGUUUGAACAACCUGGCCGCGGCGCUGCUCAAACUGGAGCAGUACAACGAGGCGCUGCACGCCAGCUGCGACGUCCUGGCCCUCGAUCCCAACAACGUCAAGGCGCUCUACAGGGCGGGAAAGAUCCUGUCAGACUUGAGUGAAUACAAAAAGGCCAUGAAACUGCUCAAGAAGGCCUUGAAACUGGAGCCCACCACCAAGGCCAUCCACGCUGAACUUUCCAAGCUGGUGACGCGGCAGUCGAGGGGUCAAGCCGCCCGCCGCUGGAAAGCCAAACCCGCAGAGGUGCUCGGGGACAACGUGGCGCCUUUCCUCCUCGCCUCCAACCGCACAACAUCGGCCAUCUCCUGGAAGUUGAUGCUCGCCGCGCUGGUGGUGGCUUUGGGCAGCUUGGUGACCUCCGUCAUCCUCACCGCCAGGAACUGAACACGACUUCAUCCUUCCUCAUUUAUGCCGCUGAGAACUCGAGUGGCCAUUCUCCAUUUUGCGCGCAUGAGCGUUCGACGGCAUACGUAGCAGAUGAAUCACGAGUCCGGUAUUAAUUUUUUCUUGUUCAUCGCUGCAAAAUUGCAUCAAGCGGUUUUCAGAGAUGACCCCGAGCUUCACGUCCUGCAAAAACAUCCCAGAAAGUAAGAUUGAGAGAUUGAUGGAAGUACUGUAGUGCUGCGUAGGUGAAUAAUAUCUGGAUUUAUUCAUAACUCUCGUUCUCAACAUUGAAUACAGUGAAUGUCAGCUACACCUGCUUCGCAUGACAUCCAGUUCUACGGACGAUUUAUGGAUUUUCAUACAUAACGAUGAAUUAAUUCCAGUGACAGUUUCAAUCCCAAAAUGUAUAUUGUCAUUAUGUAGAGCUCGCGCACGUGACGUCACCGUUUCCACGGCGCCAUAUUGCCGGUCAAACGGAGCUGCUCGACAUUGAACCGGAGGAGAAUAUUGACAAUACCCGAGAACUGUCGUGCUGUUGGUUGUCAAAACAGACGAGACGGAUUUUCAAAUACAUCAUGCAAUGGAAUACCAUCUGAAAAGACGAGAAAAGAUCGAUGGAUGGUGCCCAACCAUAAUACACACACGGCUGUGUAGCGAUCGCUUAAUUUCAGUGCGGAAUUAUUCUUCUCAAUCUCAAAUUACCAAAAUGUAUUUAUAAUGCCAAGUUGUCUCACUGGAGAACAAUGCGUUUAAAAAAAAAAAAAAAAAGACGACAGGGAGUCACCACGGGACAAGCCGAAAGGAAAAGAAGAAGACGUCGUCUCCAACGUACACGGAAGCGUUUUGCGGCCACACGUUAAACUUCGGUAAACCUCUCCCUCUCUGUUUUUUUUAAGAUGCAUUAUUCUCAAAUGAGUCCAAAGGGUAUUUUUUUUAAAAAAAAAGCGUCGGUCACACAGAGGUUUGUGGUUGACGUGUGGCCGCAACACGCUUCCGUGUACGGAAGAGCUGCCGUUCUCAGAUGAGGCCCCGUAGCUCUGUGGUUAGAGCGUUGGGUCGUUAAACCAGCGGUUGUGAGUUCGUAUCCCACGAGAGGUGGGGAAAAAAUAUAAUAAAUAAAAUAUAAUAAUAAACAAAUAUGAGCAUCUAGAUAAGACUUUUCUACGCUUUCAAACUCUUCCGUGAAAAUCUCAACAACUUCCUCCCCAGAUCUGUGUUUUGAUCCAGUUGUCCAAGACAAGUGGAAGGAAAUUAGCAGUCCAAUUUCUCAUCGGCAAAAACAUAAAUAUGGAUUCUCUUUGCCAAGUGUCGCUCAUUUUUCCACGUACUGUCAUUUAUUUUCACCUUCUAAAUGUCUUGACGGUAUCGGACAAGACUCUGGGCGUCGUGCUACAAGACGUAGUUUCAUGCAGUCUCAACGGCCUUAGCAUUGAUCAAUGCUUUGUUUGACCGGCACUUCCGGCCUGUGACGUGAUUUGAUGACGUAGGUGCACGAACUCAAUAGGCAACGUUUGUUUCCCCUACUAUGGCGACAGCUAAGUUUAUGUGCAGUUCACAGGUACUCCAUGGCUGGUUGCCACAUUGAACCCAGGCCAAGAAUAUCCAUUAUCAUUAUCAUACUUUGUCC